CCCCCAUCCUACUGUGCUCCCAUUUCCGUGUUUGCGCUAUUAAAGUUUUUUUCUGUCUAAGAAAUAGGUAGUAAACUGAGACAUUCUAAAGUGGGAAAACUGCAGGCAGCCGUGAAUUUCGGUGGUGAGCAAAUGUGAUUACAAUAAUAAUAGAUACAAAUCGCUAUGUCUGUGUAUACAUGUAAAUAUAUACUCAUGGGUAGGGGCAGGGGGAAGGAUCUGAGUAAGGAUUAACAGACUAACAGUGGGAGUCAAGUGCCUGAUUUGUACUACGCUUCUGAAUGGGUUUUGGAUAAACCGUAUACCUGUAUGUAUAAGCUGAAAACUGAUGUGUUCUCAUACUUUACGUUUUUAUUGUAAGGCACGCAAUGUCCCACUUGGGUUCUAUCAAUGGAGUGCUAGCAGAUGGAGUGUUAGCAGACGGAGUGUUCCAGCUGCCAGAUGAUGCUCCAGUGCUGGAGCAUGGAGCCAACGCACAGGUGUGUGAAUUAUAACACUUCAUUUAUUUUAUUCCAUUACUAUAUGUUCAGUACAAGGACACAUAUAUCUUCUCAGUGAGUGAGUGAGUAUUAGAUGAUAUAACUGCUGUGAUAUUAUAAAAGAAGUAUACAGCUGAGAAACAUUUUUUAAAUUAAGUCUGUAAUUUAAAAAAAAACAUAGCAAAACUACCUAAGAAUGUAUAUGUUUCCCCAGCUGGUAGGCCUGGCAUAUUAUAUGUGAUUGCUUGUAUCUGAAUAUGGCAGCAGGUAAAAGGGCAUUUCAUGUUAGUAAACUCCUUUUUUUUACGCUUUUGACCUAACAAAGAAAAUAAGAACGGAUGUGGCAGCAACCCUUUUUUUUUUUCUUGCAAUUUGCUGAAUACAGGGUUGGAUUUAUCCUCCUGGUGCCCUAAGACUAGUUUUCCUAAUGCAUUCACCAUUGGGGAAUGCAACUAGUUUAGAGUAUAUGGAUGGGUAUGACUAGUGGUUGAAUGAUAGGUGAGAGAGGGCUGGGAGACCUGUAUAUGUGUGUAGGCUGCUUGUUGUGUUGUAUGUUUCUGGGGACACUGCUUGUGGGUUUGUGUGCAUAGGGGUAACUGCUUGUGGUAUUGCAUGUUUCUGUGGAUGCUGCUUGUGGUGUUUGUGUGUGGAUGUAGGUGUGACUGUUGUGUCGUUAUGUGUAUGGAUGGAGCUGUAUGCAGUGUCAUAGAUUAUAAGCUAGUUUGAGCAAGGGUUUCUUCAUCACUUGUCACUGUUAUAUUCCGUAUUUAAAAACUUGUAAUUUAUCCCCAUUUUAUAAUUUUAUGUAGUGCCAGCAUAUUCCGCAGCACUUUACAAUGAUAAUAAUAACAGUAUGUGUGUGCAUGUAGAUAGGGGUUGUAUUUGUUAAGGGGGAUAGGAGCUGUAUUCUUUGUGUGUGUUCUUUAAUGGCACAGGUGCUGUAGCAUCUUUUGAGAGAUAGGGGUAUGUUUGGAAGGCAUAGGGACUGUAGUAUCUGUGGGCGGUGGGAAUUGGGGCCGUAAUGUGAGAUCAGUCUAAUUGGGGGGGGUGGGAGAGUAUUCCGACAGUAGUGCAUGCUCGAGGUCGAUAGGGACUGCUGUGUGUCUUGGCGGAUAUAGGGGCUGUUGUGUGCUUGUUGAUUGUGAGGGGGGGGAGAGGGCUGUCCUGCAAAGGGGGGCUGUUGUGUGUUGGAGGAAUAGGGACAUAAAAUGGGUUAAAUGAACAGUAUAAAUUAACAAACAAGUGUUCUUUGACGUUGCCUUUCUCCACUCAGUACAUUGACCUGGGGGCAUCUCUUGGGGACUUGGCAUGAAAGAUAAUGCCCUCUCUCCUAUUGGUAGACAAUUGGGUAAUCACACAUAGGGAGGCAUGUGGCUGGUCUCUUUUAUAUACACGAAAUGUAAUUUAAAUUAAGUUAUGGUGCUUGGAGGCCACCAGAGGCACUCUUACCUUAAGGGGUUAAACCAUUCUUGAACGGUUUAACCCCUAAGUUGCCAAAAUAGGUUAUGUCACUUAUCUCCCCAGGAGGCAUAUGGCUUCAGGAAUUACAGAUUCAGGAAGUUCGUAGUGUGCCUGGUAGUGGUGCUGCUGAUUGGUUGAGAUCGGUCAGCUAAAGCUUUCAGCCAAUUAGUGACUCCCCACUCACAAAACUAGCUUGAGAAGGGUGCGUUUCUUUCCCAGCCAGUUUUGUAAAUGGGGAGUCACUAAUUGGCUGAGAGUGUCAGCUGACCACUCUCAGCCAAUCAACAGCACUCCUUCCAGGCGGCACUCCGAACUUCCUGAAUCUGAAGGCCUCCUGGCACCAUAGCAACUUAAUUUAGGUGAAGUUGUUUUGGUUCCUGGAGCGUCCCUUUAAACUAUGGUCCCACUCACCAUGACCUCUCACAUUGCCACAUUGCAUGCAUUCUGUCCUCCUAAGCCACCACUUUCCUGCUGGUGCUCUCACUUCCCCCAUCAUCACCAUGGCAACAGCUUUGAGACAACACAUGCGCAGAACAACCCUUAUCUCAGACUUAAGUAAUGUGCUGCUUGGCAUGCCGGGAGUUGUAGUUUUGUUGGUACCUUUAUCUCAAAUAGUCUGCCUUCCAGGGAUGCAGACUGCAAAAGCUCCAGGGGUUCAAUUCCAAAGUUCACCGGAAGUGAUACGAGAUCAGCUGUGUGCAUGUGCGCUAUCAGGCCUCGGGUAUAGAAUUCUGACGGAGGCACCGCGCACAUACGCGUGGCACAUCCUUCAGAUAUAGAAAUCUGACGUGUGUACUGCGCAUGCGCGCGGCACAAAAAUCAGAUUUCUGUACCACUGCUUUCGCUGUGUUGUAACAUACACAGUGUAGGCUUAUGUGGUGUCAAAUAUGGGAGAUGCAGGGUCAUGGGGGUGACACACAGGGGAUGGGGGGUUAAUGGAGGUGACCUUCAUGGGAUGGGGGCUUAAUGGGGGUGAGACACAUGCACUGCUUGAAAUGUCUUGGUACUGGGGAUUCACUUCUGCCCCUCCAUAGAGCCCCACUAAUCUAACAUUUAUGCUCCGCAAUCCGUUCCUUUACGGGUCUAGUCGGCUCCUCAACAUAAAUUUUGCCACAUGGAAAUUUAUUUAUAUAAAUAAAACGGGGGGAGGCUGCACUCACCUGAACAUGCAUAAAUGGGGUGCUGCUGGGGGCCAAAUCAUACAAUACACAUUAAAGUUGCUGUUUGGUGGAUAGGUGAGUGCUCUGGAUCUUGUGUAAUAUCAGGCCCGGACUGGCCAUCGGGCAUACCGGGCAAAUGCCCGGUGGGCCGCGGUGUCCGUGGGACCGAGGCCGGCAGGGAGAUCACAGGAUCUCUCCUGCCGGUCUUUGCAGGGCCGGCGCUAUCUGAACGCCGGCCCUGCAGUAGUCCACGGUGGGCCGGUGGGGAGAUCAGAGAUCUCCCUCACCGGCCCACAUAGAGAAUACUGCGGCCGCCGGCGGGGAGAGAGGGAGGGAGCCAGCCGGCCAGCAGAGGAACCCCGGCGGAGCUUUAACUUACAGCUCCGCCGGAUUCCUCUCGCGAGAUUCGGAGCGUUGCCAUGGCAACGCUCCGGGUCUCGCGAGAGUGAACUCUAGCCCAACAGGCUAGAGUUCACUCACCACUUGGACCACCAGGGAUGGAUGGCGGCAGGAGUAGCAGGAUCCCCCCUCCCAGGCAUAAGGUAAGCAGGGAGGGGGGAUAUAAUCAGGGCACAUAACACUCCCAGCACCCUCACUCACACACACACACUGCACCCCUGACACUCACACACACUGCACCCCUGACACUCACACACACUGACACCCACACACACUGACCCCUGACACUCACACACACACACUGCGCCCCUGACACUCACAGCACCCUCACACACUGCACCCCUGACACUCACACACUGCACCCCUGACACACACUGCACCCCUGACACUCACACACACUGCACCCCUGACACUCACACACACUGCACCCCUGACACUCACACACGCUGCACCCCUGACCGACAGCACCCUCACACACUGCACCCCUGACACGCACAGCACCCUCACACACUGCACCCCUGACACGCACAGCACCCUCACACUGCACCCCUGACACGCACAGCACCCUCACACACUGCACCCCUGACACGCACAGCACCCUCACACACUGCACCCCUGACACACUGCACCCCUGACACGCACAGCACCCUCACACACACUGCACGUCUGACCCUCACAGCACACACACUGCACCCUCACACACACUGCACGUCUGACCCUCACAGCACACACACUGCACGUCUGACACUCACAGCACCCUCACACACACACACACACACUGCACCCCUGACACGCACAGCACCCUCACACACCCACUGCACAUCUGACACGGCACAAACAAAAUGCACCCCCUAACACACAGAGCACCCUCACACACACACUGCACCCCUGACACACACAGCACACACACUGCACCCCUGACACUCUCAGCACCCUCACACACACUGCACGUCUGACACAGCACAAACAAAAUGCACCUCUAACACUCACAGCACCCUCACACAAACACACUGCACCCCUGACACACACAACACACACACAGCACCCCUGACACUCACAGCACCCUCAAAUACACACUGCACCCCUGACAUUCACAGCACACACACUGCACCCUUGACACUCACAGCACCCUCACACACACACACUGCACCCCUGACACGCACUGCACCCCUGACACUCACAGCACCCUCACUCACACACUACACGUCUGACACUCACAGCACACACAAAAUGCAACCCUAACACUCACAGCACCCUCACACACACACACACUGCACCCCUGACACUCACAGCACACACACUGCACCCCUGACACUCACAGCACCCUCACACACACACUGCACCCCUGACACGCACAUCACACACCCUCACUUACACACACUGCACCCCUGACACUCACAGCUUCCUCACAUGCAUACACUGCACCCUCACACACAGCUUCCUCACAUGCACAUAGCACCCUCAUGCAAACACAGCACCCACUCACACACAGCACACACACACUGCACCCAUCACACACACAGCACCCUUACCCACAUAGCACCCUCACGCAAACGCAGCACCCAUCACUCACACACACACUGCACCCCUCUCUCACACACACUACACCCCUUACACACACACACACACACAGAGCACCCUCACACACACUGCGCAAUAUGCUUUCCUGGCAUUUUUGUCUCCUGGUAUCCCAACUAUGGAGACACCAGAGACAAAUUUCAAGCAAACACAGUGCAAGCAUGUUAUUAAAUUUGCUUGCGCUGUGCAGAACAAAUACAGGGUAUUUUUCUCAUGCCAGAGCUCUUCAGCAGAGCUCUGCGCAUGGUCUACCCUGGAAGAGCAUUGAACCAACAUGCUCACUUUGUGAUGGGGCGUGCUUGUCAUUGGUGAUGACAAAACACACCCUAUCUGGCCCCGCCCCCAUUUUAGUGGGCGGCUGUAAUUAAAAAAUGCCCGGGCCGAAUUUUCUUCCCAGUCCGGCCCUGUGUAAUAUAUAUAACGUAAUCCAAAUUACACGUAUAAUAGUCUCAAAUGGGAAACUUUUUCCUGGUGCGUGGGUGUACAAAAUGUUCUCCACUGAUCACACUGUUACAGUGCGAGCACUACAGACAUGCGAAUGUCCCUUUUUAGGUUCUGAGAAAAUCUUCUCUUAUUGGUACCUACAUCCGAUUUCACAAGGAAAUCCCUCAAAUUCCUCGUUCUCUUAGAGGAGAACAGAGACAGAUUCCUAAACUCUCGAGGUAAACUCACAUCACCCUGAAAGAGGGCCCAUGUUUUAAUAUGAUUUUUUCAUAUCUGCACUUAAUAGAGUAUGUGGUAAAAUGAAGGGUAUCCUAUCAGUCCUACUGUCCUUAGUCAUUGGGUUUAAAGUUUCUUCCCUAUUGAGGCCUCGGUCCCUGGCUUGUUGUUCCAAAUGUGCUGGUGGAUAUCCUCUUUCAGAGUAUUUAUUACUCAUCCACCUGAGUCACUUGUGUACACAGUUUACGAUUUCACAUUAUUUCAAGUAUCUAUUUUGUUGGCCAAUGUGACAUGUUUAUUUUUUCCAUACUAAAGAAAAAACAUAUAAGAAUCAUACAAGUGAGACUGUAGUUUUAUUCUUUUUAUAACUCAAAAUCUCAAAUACCUUUUUUUCCCUUCCUCUUUUUAAAGAAAUCCUAUCUAGCAUUUUUAUAUUAUAUAUAUAUAUAUAUACCGUGUAUGUGUGUGUGUGUGUGUAUAUAUAUAUAUAUAUAUAUAUAUAUAUAUAUAUAUAUAUAUAUAUAUAUACCGUAUAUGUGUGUGUGUGUGUGUGUGUGUGUGUGUGUGUGUAUAUAUAUAUAUAUAUAUAUAUAUAUAUAUAUAUAUAUAUAUAUACACACACAUACAUAUACGGUAUAUAUAUAUAUUCAAAUUACAAGUAUAAUACAGAAUUUAGCCACAAGAUGUCGCCUUAGGAGUGUGUGUGUGUGUAUAUAUAUAUAUAUAUAUAUAUAUAUAUAUAUAUAAUAUAUACACACACACACUCCUAAGGCGACAUCUUGUGGCUAAAUUCUGUAUUAUACUUGUAAUUUGAAUUUAGCCUCAAAAUAAUCAACUUAUUUAACUCAUUAGUAAGAAUAUGUCUAUAUAGUUUAUUCCCUGUAUAUGGGACCAGACAGAGUAAACAGAAUAGAGUCAUUCAUACAGACAUAUUCAUAAUUCAUGAUUAAAACCGGUUAGCGGCAGAGUCAAAUCCAUCUGUCCAGUCUGGCGACCCACCCACUUGAAAUUUCACCAGCCAUAAACAAGGACAAUGAGGGCAUAAGGAACAACUUCACAUAAUGUCAUAAAUGUAAUUUCUGACUUUUUUACAACAAUAAAAAAUAGGUUUAUUUGGAUGUACUGCAGCCAUUUGAAUGCAAUGGUGUAUUUGUAUGUAAUGUUGGCGUUUGAAUGCAGAAGUGUGUUUGUGUAGUGUUGACAUUGCAAUGCAGGGGUGUAUCUGAGCAUAAUAUUGGUGAAUGUAGUUGUGUAUUUUGUGCGUUUGAAUGCAGGGGUGUGUUUCCAUGUGCAUUAUUGGUGUUUGUGUGCAUUAUUGGUGUUUCAAUGCAGAUCUACAGAUACACACAAACACAUAUAAGUAACAAAAUAGUUUUAGCCACCGUCCUGUUUUCUUACCUUGUAUGUGCAAGAGGGUGGUUUUUAUGGGGUUCAGUGGACUGCUUGGCAAAGGCUGAUGGAAGUCUGAGGUUCCAGUCUUCCCUUUCCUCUCCUGUGUAUGUGUUCCUUCUCCUGUCUCCCUGCUUGACUAUCAGCAAAUUUAGAGGAAGUGACCUGAAUUAACUUCCUCCCAGCCAAUCUUAGGGGGGACAUGUUUGGGUCUGGCAACCUUGCCAUAAACGACUUUUGCAUUAUGCUGCAGGGAGAAGAAUUCUUGGGUGAAAAGGUUGAUUAUGAUGAGGAAGCGGAGGAGAAAAGAUAUUAUCGGCGCAAGAGACUCCUUACUGUGAAAAGUGUGGUUUUUGCAAGUCUAGGAGCAGCAAUCACAUAUGGAGUAUAUUUGGGUAUGUAACUAAUGUAUAUGUCCCUCAGGUUGCCAUCUUGGGAUCCAAAGCUUCCUUUCCCUCAUUCCUACCCUGGUGUCCUUUUCCCCUAAGAUUUUGAAAUGUUAAAUAGAUACUCCGGGUUUUUAUACGCUCCACGUUUAACCCUCUUAGUGAUUAAAGGCUUUUACGAAAUACUAUGAAAUUACUAUGUGUUUGCUCCACUGUACUUUCCCACUUUCACAUUAAGAGCACACAUAUAUAUAUAUAUAUUUAUUUAUUUAUUUUUGUAAAGGACAAAUGGGGCUUUUCCUGAUGAUACCCUACAUCCAUGCAUAAUACAAUAUUAAGUAUGGAUAAAAUAUUUUUAAAAAAUGUGAAAAACACUCUUUUUCCCAUGGUUUUUAUAAUAAUUUCUACACAACUACACAACAAGUUUAGGAAAAUUACUCAACAUAGAUUCACUUAUCAGACCUGAAAGUUAAAAUAUCCAAUAUGUCUAGAAAAUGCCAGUGGAAAAUGUUUGAGAACUCCUGGCUCUUCAUCAUUAGUAGUGGAAGCAGCCAACAGUGCUUGGCAGACGACAAGUAGCAAGUCAAACUACUGAAAAAUAGUUACACUGCUUAUAAUGUGGAGGGCUCUAGAGCACUCCUGGUAAAUUUACCACUAAUGGUACAGUGGUUAUGGUGCUUGGGAUUGGAGUGUUCCAAGGAGUGAUCUUCUCUUGAGACUUGGAGAGUUCUGAUUUAGUUGGCUUACUAGCCAGAGAGCUCUUGGCCAUAUUGCAAAGCGUGGACAUUUUCCCACGCUUUGAGAUUGCUGACAUAGUGUGCAAACUCCUAUAUAAGGGCUUUCUCUGAUAUCAGCACUCACACUGUGGUAAGCUCUCCAUGGGUGAAGAUGGAAUAUUUUUUAUUGUGGCACAGUUUUUAUUAUGUAUUUAUUUAUUUUAAAUUGGUGGCAACAAUUAUGUUGAUUUUACAUUUUUAAUUUAGGCCUUUUUGAGCUCUGAAGAAUAGAAGACUUAUUAAAAAUAAACCAAGAACUUUAGAUGGUAUUAUUAUUAUUUUAUUUUUUUUACAUAUUUUAAAUUUAUUGCCCCGCUCCCAACUAUUAUUAGGGUGUGGUGGGUGAAUCGGUACUUUGAUUAUUUUUAGGGGGAUGACAAGAUUGUUUUAUUUAAAGGGGUGGGCAAUGACAUGUCCAAACCCUCACCUCACAGGUUUUUAUAAUUAAUUAAGGCCCUCACCAAUUGCCUAUAUGUGGGAGCCAGGGGGAUAUUGGGUCCCCACCCCACAUCUCCCAUGGGACAUGCAAACUAAACACUGAUUUUUCCACUCACAAAAUUCAGCUACCGCACACACACAAUACUCAACCAGCACACACAGGCACAUUCAGUGUCACUGCCCCCCAUAUACCUCUCAGCCUGAUUCAUAAACAGCCUCCCUAAACCACCCCGCACACACACAUAGAAUAGAUGAUAAAAGAAAGGGAAAUAGCUGAAGAUAAAGUCCUUCUUAUUGAAUUGCAAUAAAAGUCCUUUACAAUCAAAAUUAGUCUUUUUUUUUGUUGUAAAUUUUUAUUGGAUAAAUGCAAAGAAUACAACAUUGGUUCGCAAGUAACUGUAAGAUCGUGUAAAGGUUUGAUCUGUUUGUCGCCAUUUUUUUCUAGGAUUUCUCCUAGCGUAAGGUAGGCUGAUGUUUGGAAUGGCUUAAGUGCUUUACCUUCUACCCCUGGUUGGAAUAAGGGGUUGUGUGAGAUUGGGUAUAGUGGAGAUGGAUAGGGAGGAAUUUGUUUGUGUGAUCGUAGGGUCGCCCACAUGCAGAGGGUGGGUGUGAUAGUUGGGUGCGAGCUGUGUAUCAUCAGAGUUUGUCCCGAUUUUUGCCAUGGUAUCGUGUAUAUGGGUGCCCUAAAGUAGUGUUUUCAAUUGUUACCCAUUGUUUGUGGUGUGUGGGUUUACCAGUCGUAUAUUCUGGCUAGAUGAACUGCUUUGUGGUAUUGUUCUAUAUCUGGUAAGCCUAGACCACCUCGUCUUUUGGUCUAGUGAGGAGUGUAUAAGAUAGUCUUGGGUUUUUAUGUGACCAGAUAAAGGUCGUGACGAUUUUGCGGACUGUCUUGAACCACGUUUUUGGAAUUGCUACAGGAAGUACUUGUAGUAGGUAAAGGAUCCGAGGAAGAACAUUCAUUUUAAGAAUGCUCAGCCUGCAGAACCAACCAUACUGAGGUUUGUUCCAUGUUGUGAGGUCCGUGUGAAUAGUUUUUAUUAGGUCAAGGAAGUUUCUGUCGAAUAUGUGGAAGAUUUCCCUGGUGAUGUGGACUCCCAGGUAUUUUAUGCUGUGUGGGGCCCAUGUGAACUGGUGAUCGUGUUGUAGUGUUGCUUUUAUAUGUGCGUGGAUGUGUAUUGGAAGGAUUUUGCAUUUACUGAGAUUCGCUUUGAAGUUGGAAAUCGCACUAUAUGUGUUCAUUUCUGUCAUUAGAUGUUGAAUUGAGGUAGUUGGUUUUGAGAAAGAGAAGAGCAUAACGUCUGCAAAUGCAGCUAUUUUAUGUUCCUCCUUCCCUACUUGAAUUCCCCUAAUGUUGGCAUUGUCUCGAAUCCCCUGUAGGAAUGGCUCUAGGAUAAGUACGAAAAGAAGUGGAGAGAGGGGACUGCACUGCCUAGUUCCAUUUGCGAUUGGUACCUGAUUUGAGAGCUGCCCAUUGAUUCGAAUGUUGGCAGUGGGGUUCGAGUAUAUUGCGCUGAUCCACUUUUGCCAGUUGGUUCCAAAACCCAGGUAUUGCAGUGUGUAGAUCAUUAAGGUCCAGGCUACUCUGUCAAAAGCCUUCUCGGCAUCUAUUGACAGAAGUAGACUGGGGCCAGCCAAUCGGGUGGCGUGGUGAAUCAGAUUUAGGAUCUUGGUUGUGUUAUUUUUCGCUUCUCUCCCAGGAAUGAAAGCCUGAUUGGUCCGCGUGUACCUGUCUCGGCAGGAGUGGGUGAAGCCUAUUGGCUAAAAUUUUGGCUAAGAGUUUGAGGUCGGUAUUUAUUAGUGAGAUCGGCCUAUAACUACUACACUGGGCUGGAUGGUUUUGGUAGUAGGGUGAUCGUUGCAUUUAGCGCCUGGGGCGGGAGAGAGUUAUUUUGUAGUAGGGAGUUGAAAGAUUUUAGAAAAUGUGGGAUAAGAGUUGUGGCGAAGGUUUUGUAAUAUUUUGCCGUAAACCUGUCCGGGCCUGGACUUUUUCCCAAUGGUAGGUGUUUGAUUGCUAGUCUGCAUUCUUCUGUUGUAAUGGGGUGUUCUAGUUAUUUGUUCUAGUUAUUUGGCAAAGCGCGAUGUAUCCUGUUCGUGAGGAAAUUUUGUAUUUCUUGAAUCGUGAGGGGGUUUUAUCUUAUGUUAUACAGGGAGUGGUAAAAGUCUUGGAAAGCUUUUGAGAUGUCUGGCAUCGAGUGUGAAAUUGUUCCUUUGUUGUCGCAAAUGGAGGUUAUGAAAGUGUGUUCUCUCUGUUUGUUUUUUUUAAGGCGUUGGCUAGUAGGCGCUCACUUUUCCCUCCCUGAGCAUAGUAUAGGCUUUGAGACUUUGCUAGUGCAUAUUUGGUGUGUAUGUUUAGGGUGGUGUUGAGCUCUGUUCUCUUCUCUAGUAAUCUUUUAUAUAUCGGUAAUGUGAUGUUUUGUUUGUGCGAUUGCUCUAGGGCUCUGAUUUCUUCGAUUAGGUGUGUAGUUUGUGCUUCCCGUUGUUUUUGUGUUGGGAAGCAAUGUGGAUAAUCGUUCCCCUAACAGAGCUUUUAUGGGCUUCCCAAAUUAUAGGGUAUGGUGUUUCUGGGGUUGCGUUUAGUUCAAAGUAUUGGAUUAGACUUUAUUCGAUGUGGGACUGGAUUACUUGGUCAUUCAAAAGGGUAUCAUUUAGUUUCCACUGUGUCCUAGUAGGGUAUAGUGUCGGGAUUGUUACGGUCAUAGAGAGUGGUGCGUGAUUGGACCACGUUAUCGGGGCAGAGUCGCUUGCCUUUAUGAGGUUUAAAAAUCUGUGUGGGGUAAAUAGCAUGUCGAUUCUGGAAUAGGACCCUGAGGAGUGUGAGUAGUAUGAGUAGCUUCUUUCGUUUGGGUGUGUGAUCCGCCAGGUGUCAUAUAGUUAAUAAGAGUCUAGCAGUUUCUGUAUGUGGCUUCUUGUUGAGGCUUGAUAUGUUUGGACUUUUGAGGUGGUGUCUAAUGUCCCGUCUAGAGAAACAUUUAGGUUCCCUCCCAGGAUUAAAAGACCCUCCGUAUAAGUUUCUAGUUUACGUAGUAUGUUGUGCAGAGUGGGUGUUUGUUUCCUGUUUGGGAGAUAUGUUUGCGAGGGUUGUGGGAACCUGCUCCCAUCGUCUGUGCAGUGGUCUUUGUAUAUGAACGGGAGUUGUGCCAAUAAUAGGAUCGCUACCCCUCUGGAUUUCAAUCCUAUAUAAUUGCUGAAGUAGCCUUUGGUGAAGAAUCUAGACCUGAGUGUGGGUGCGAUAUCCUUGCGGAAGUGCGUUUCUUGUAUGAACACUACUUCGGCUUUCUGUCUAUGUUAGUCCGUGAGGGCCAUAUGGCGUUUCUCUGGUGUGUUCAGGCCCCUUGCAUUGUGUGUUAGGAUAGUUAUGGCAGCCAUUGCCCUUGGGGCGGGGGGGGUGCACUGGAGUGUAGGAGGAGAGGAAAUAAGGUAAUGGGGAAAAGAGAUGUAGACCAGUCGUAGUCUUUUUAUAUCGAGCCGCCCCUGUGUUGAGUAUUCAAAGUGCACAAUUAAAAAAAAUUGCCUGCAAUAUACCAUAUUCUAGGUUAGUAAACCUUACAAAUAAAGAAGACCGGAAAAUAGAAAAUAAAAAUAAAGAAAUAACAAUGACCUGUUCAGUUUACAAGUUCAAGUUUUGUCAACAAUUGGUCAACUAUGUAAAUGGGGAGACUGAGCAGGUUCUUGUAUGUCCCCUCUACCUUGGUUUAGGUGUGUUUGUGUAGUUUCUAUAUAGGGGUAUAUACAGUGAGACAUUGAUUAGACCCCUAUGAAUAUACAUAUUUUCAACAUGUCCGUUAAAGAUACUGCAUAUAGACGAAAAAAUUUAUACGACCUGUAUUUGAGAGCUACAUGGGGUCAGUUUGUGUAGUCGUAGUUUUAGGACCUAGCCGGACCACUAGGUCCACUAGGUCCUAGAGUCCCAUUUGUUAUGACAGUUAAAAUCCCUAGUUGUUUUCUCGGGAUUGAGCCUGGUGGGUUUUGUUCGAAGUCUUGUGAGCCCCUUGUUGUUUUUCAGCGGUACGGUUUCGUGCUUUGGUUGUUAGUGUAGGAGAGUCACUUUUAGCGUAGUAUGUAGUAUGUAUAGUCCAUCUAGGAAUAUUUCAUGUUUGCAUUUUAGUCCUCCCCGGAGUUUCUCGUUCUCCUCUCUUGGAGAGGGGUUGGUCUGACCAAUCUUCUGUUUCUUCGAUGGGGUGAGCCAUCUUUGUCCGUACGGUUGUGCGGCUGAGGAGGCAGAGGGGUCUGGAGGUUACCAGUCCAUUAUAUUAGAUUCCUUUAGGUCAAAAUCUUUGGUGAAGGGAGCGACAUCCUGGUAUGUGGAGAUCGAGGGAGUGGUGCCUUUAAUGUUAACAAUUAGGGCAAAGGGAAAGCCCUACCUGUAUCGUAUGUUCCGUGCUCUUAAUUGAUCAGUGAUGGGUCUUAGUGCUCUUCUUGCCUGGAGGGUAAGCCAGGAUAGAUAGUGGAGAGGAGGUGUCCCUCAGUUUGCGUAUUAUAUCUUCUUUUAAUGAGAAGUAGUGGAUGCGGCAGAUCACGUCUCGUGGCAAUUCGCUUGCUCCAGUUUUUGGUCUUAGGGACCUGUGAGCCCUGUCAAGUAACACUGGAGUGUCUGGAGCGCAGCCUAGGAUAAGGCUAAAGAGGAUGGUUAGUUGUUCAGUUAAGUUUUCGUUGUCUGUCUCUGGUAAUCCUCUGAUGCGCAAGUUAUUCCUCCGUCCCCUAUUGUCUAUAUCAUCUAGGGAUCUCUGUAGUACAGUUAGGUGUCUCUCUUGAGUGUUAAGUUUAGAUGAUAGUUCAUGAAUUUGGGCCUGACAUGAUCCCCUUUCGUCUUCCAGAUCCUGUACCCUUCUGCUCACUUGCCUGAUUUCAGAGCUCAGUCCUUCCAUUUUAUGCUGGAACGUAGUUUCAAGUUUUCCCAGCAUCUCUGCCAAAUCAGUCCUGGAGGGAAGGUUCCUCAAUAUCUCCUUGAGGUCCAAGUCAGUGGAGUGGGAUGAGAUGUCUGAGGGUGUGGGACUCGGCCGUUCUGAGUUUGUGUGUGCCGCCGUCGGCGCCAUGUUGGAUUCCCCUGCGUCUUCCACGCGGUCGGCAUAUUCUUUGAACAGGCGGGUUACCGAUCCCAGUUUGCCCGCAGUUUUCUUCCCCUGGGUCUGGUGAGUGUGAUGACUUUUUUAGGGGUUCCCCAUAGUUGCUGUCAUCCUCUGUUUGCGGUGAUCUCUUCCUGGUGAGCUCGGAGCAGAUUCAGUGUGCGCCAUUCAGUCCGGCUGCAAGCCACGCCCCCUAAAAUGAGUCCUUUUUGCUCUUUAUGAAAAUUCUAAAGUGACAGUGCCCGACAAUACAUAACCAUAUCUGCUUCAGGACUUUUGCAGAUGCAACUGAUCUUGCAUUAUGAUGAGACAUACCGUGACGUGAAAUAUGGAAACAUGGGACUGCAGGAUAUUGACAAUAAGAUGCUGAUGGGCAUUAAUGUGACACCAAUUGCCGCAUUACUCUAUACUCCAGUUCUAAUAAGGUAAUUUGCAUUAAAUUGUCCACUUAGUUGUGUAUUAAUGCUUUUAUUGUGUUGUCUCUCUUUUAGCUGAUAUGACUUACCUUACUUUUGUCAUGAAUUCUAGUAAUUUUUUCUUACUUUUUUCUUUUUUGUAUGUCCAUUAGUAAUGUUUUAUUCUACAUUUUUAGGUUUUUUGGCACAAAGUGGAUGAUGUUCCUCUCCACUGGUAUUUAUGCUCUUUUUGUAUCCACAAAUUACUGGGAGAGAUACUAUACACUUGUCCCUUCAGCCACUGUAAUUGGCGUCAUGAUUGUUCCGUUCUGGGCAUCAAUUGGCAAUUAUAUUACUAGGUAAAUUAUACAACAAUUGUCUUAAAUUGAUUUUUAAAAAAUGUGUUUUUUUUAUUUUUAUUAAAUCAUAUGAUUAAUGUAUGUAUGGCUUGAAAACUAUACCGUUAUGUCUGUUUACCUGUGACCGAACUAUUAAUUGUGAUCAAACGAAAUACUAAAUUAUAAAUGGGUAUUCUAAGCAACAUGGCUGAAAGUUCUGAGGGAGGGUUAGCCCACCCCCUCAGUCAAUCAAUGCAGUCCAGCUUGAAUAAAAUGAAGAUUUGAAAUAAUAUCUUAACUGUUUGGACAGCACCAGGGCACCCUUGGCAAUAUUUCCACUGCAGCGAAUUGGUUUUGUUCCUAAGAGUGUCCCUUAGGUGAGACCGGAGUCGACAAUAACUCAUCUUGGAGGGGUUGGAGUUGUAAAUGACCCAUUCGUUUGUAACCAGACAAAAAUCUGUGUGUAUAGGUAAAAGUGACAAAUGUUACUCUGUUAAAAAAAUGUUGUGACAAUUAAUACUCUAUAUUUACAGAAUGGCUCAGAAAUACUAUGAGUUUGUCAACUAUAAGGAGGAGAAUAUACGAGAGCAUAACCGGGUACCACGAGGAGCUAGCCACAAAUAUAUCAUUAUCUUUCAGAGCAUCUUUUAUGCUAUCUUCCAUGUAAGUGUUGCAUACCAUCGUCCCCAUCAUACCAAGCCCUGCUUUAUUGUCUUUAUUGUGCUAACUGUGAUAACUGGCAAUGUUAACUUUAUGUUUAUGGCCUAUUGGUGUUUUCUGCUGUUAUAUUAUCUUACUCAUAUCAACCUGGUGUUCUUUCUCAUAAAAUGUUUGCCUUUUCCUUACAGUUAAGUUUUGUGCUGUCACAGUUCCCAGUUUAUUUCUUUCUCGGUAACUUUCUGUAUCCAUUUGAGCACACGCUCUACAAUGUCCAUGAAUGCGGUAAGUAAGCCCUCUCUGAUUAAAUCAAUCUAGACAGACUAUCCAAGCUGUGUCUUAAUCCAUUUGUUGUUAAUGCUUUCCCCACAGGAGCCUCCAUACAGCAAGGAAUUCUCCCUAAAUUUAAUGUCACUGUUCUUCAGACUUUGCCUUCCAGCAUUAAUCUCAUCUAUGUGGAAAGUGUUCUAAUGGGGGCUGCUCUGUUAUCAAUGCUACUGGUGAGUAAGGAAUGAAGGAUGCUUAAAGGACUCGCUGUUAGAUAUCUUUGUACAGAUUGAUUCAGCUAGUAUAUGUAUAUACAAUCAAAAUGAGUAAUUUUUCUUUACAUGAUUAAGGCAUAUAAUCUUAGUCAUGAGAUAUAUAUAUAUAUAUAUAUAUAUAUAUAUAUAUAUAAUACAAUGUUAAACAAAAAUCUGCACACCAGUCAAGCCAUAAGACUUGCUUUUCCCACAGAAAUCCCAAAUGUGAUUCUUUGUUAAACUAAUUUGCAUAUGCCCACCCAGAAUCCUUUGCGGUUGUAACAUCGCUGCAGUUUUGGGAUUUCUGUGGGAAAAGCAAGUCUUAUGGCUUAACUGGUGUGCAGAUUUUUGUUUAACAUUGUAUUAAUUAUCCACAGACUUCGGGUGGAAGAGGUUUUCAAUCACAAUUUUUUCCCACCAUAACCUUUGGAUUUUGAGAGAUAUAUAUAUAUAUAUAUAUAUUAUAUUAUAUUAUAUUAUAUUAUAUUAUAUUAUCUCCUUGGUUUUUAAAUUCAAUAUUUGCAUAUGUGAGGUCUUGUAGAAUAUGUGCCCAUAACCCUCACUUUUCUUCAUGUGUAUUUAACUGUAUGAUAUGCAUGAAGGUAAGCCCUAUAUUUACCCUGCUAUAGUAGUAAUUUACCUCUAUGCUAAAGGAAUGUAAGGGUUAUAAGUUUUAAAAACACAUGCAUGAUGAAACGUGAACAGGAGAUGGCAGACCUGUCCCUCUACAUGGUCCAUCCCUUUUCCUCCAUUGCCAGGGUCCACCGGCAACCUAUAGGAAGGUAUUGAUCCAUCUGCCUGUGCUGCUUCUUCCGUGCUUCUUCCACGUCUUGCAUAGAAUAUGUCCCAGCAAUCUCACUGCUCAAUUCUCUGCCAUUUAGGAGUUAAAUCAGUUUGUUUAUGCAGCGCUAGUCUCAACUCCCUGCAUGUAAUGUUCACAGCCUUCCUAAACACUUCAUGUAAAGAGAGAUCUAAUGUUUAUACUUCCUUUUAUUGCAUAAUCUGAUUAGUUUAGAAUUUCGUGCCUCCUGCAUGGUUAAUAGCCUUCUAGACUCUACAGGAGCCUCCUGUACAUAAUUAAAGUUCAAUUUACAGAGCAGGAGAUAAAAACUUCUAAAGCAAGCUAACAUCUGAAUGAAAAAUAAAACCAUUUGUUUUCCAUACAGGCUGUAUCAGUCACAGAUGUGGCUACGACUGCAUGGACAGAAACAAAAGUAAUUUAACUCUUAAAUGGUAGAGAUUUGAGCAGUUAGACUGCAGGCGCAUGAUUUAUACACCUAACUGCUUCAUCAAGUUAACAUUGUUUUGAUGCCUAUAGUGUCACUUUAAUGCAGUGCUUCCAGUGCCUAUAGCAAGUCCCUGCAGUCUUAACAAUGUAAAAGCUGCCUUUUCAGAGAAAAUGCUGUGUUUACAUUGCUGCCUAGGAACCCCUAUAGUGGCUGUCACUCAGACAACCACUAAUGGUGCUUCUUAGUCAAGUCCUGCACAGCUCUGCAUAGAGAUGCUAUGUAACAAUGACUUGAUUUUGCAGAGAAGGCACCGAAUGAGCCUGAAUAUGGAUCAAACUCUGCCAGAUGGCUGAAAUCUGGGCAAGGAUUUUUUAAAAUCCAAACUAUUUGCCUGCUGUUUGCUAGCACUUCCAGCUCCUUUCCAUCGACUGAUCAGCAAUGGCUGCCCACUUGAUAGUUUUUAGUGUUUAGUAGAUGUGCCCCCACCUGCCUUAUAGGCAGGGCCGGUGCAUGGAUUUUUGGGUACAUAGCCGAAGAACCUUUUUUUUUUUCGCCCUCCCCCCCUUUAAAAAUAACAUCUUCACCUAUGUGCCUCUUAACCAGCCCCACUCCCCUCCCUGUCCAUUGGUGGUCCUCUCUCUUCCCUUCCCUGUCCCUUAGUGUUCCUCUCCUCUCCCCCUCUAUUCCCUGUCCCUUGGUGCACCCCCCCAUCCCCUUCCUGGUGUGCCUCCUACCUCUCUUGUAGCGUUGCCGAGUGGAGCAGAUCCCCUACAGGAGCUUCAGUUUUCUGUACCCGUCUGGACUGACAGGAAGUGCUCUCUCAGUGAGCACGUCCUGUCAGUCUAGCCGGGUACAGGAAACCUAAGCUCCUGUACCGCUCUCCGCUCCGCACACUGACAGUCACACACACUCAAUGACAAAAAAAACACACAGACAUCACUGACCGACAAAGACUCACAAGUUUUUAACUAUUUGCCGUUAUUAUAGUUAUUUACCCGUAAAUUGUUUGCGUGUAUAAAAGCAAGUGAAUGCUAAUUUGCGAAUGUGCAUGCUGCCAGAUGCGUUCAAUCCUGAAAUAUAUAUAUAUUUUAAAAAAAAAUGUAACAUUGCAGAAAUAUUCCAAUCCCUAUACUAUGUAUAGGGUUCAGAUGUGAAAAGCAUGCGCUGAUUUUAAUCCAGACACGGAAUGCAUCUAGCCAGUUGUUGCAGAUUAAGCUUUAGCAAAUCUGAGAAUUGCCAUUCUGGAACUGGAAUUUGGCAAUUUUUACAGGACAAAAUCUGGUGUUUAAUGAACUACCCUGAUUGUGGGUAGAGAUAUCAUCUCAAAAAGGCUAUACUCUCCGGAAGCCCACCCAUUAACGACAAAUGGAGGCUCUAAUAAUUUAAACAAUGGGGGGCAGUGCUGUUGUCCACCCCUCACCUUUCCUACCCCGGGUGGCUAGGGGUCCCCUGUUCUCUAGCUAUCACCAUUAAAAAUGAAGGCCCCUACCUACCACCUCAAACUAGUAAUAGUGGAGGGGGGAAAUAAAACUAAUAAUUGGUAAAAAAAAAUAAAUAUAUAUAUAUAGUGUGAGGGGGAAAAAAAGUAUUUGAUCCCCUGCUGAUUUUGUACGUUUGCCCACUGACAAAGAAAUGAUCAGUCUAUAAUUUUAAUGGUAGGUGUAUUUUAACAGUGACAGACAGAAUACCCCCCCCCCAAAAAAAAUCCAGAAAAACGCAUGUCAAAAAAGUUACAAAUUGAUUUGCAUGUCAAUGAGUGAAAUAAGUAUUUGACCCCUUCGGCUUAGUACUUGGUGGUAAAACUCAUGUUGGCAAUCACAGAGGUCAGACUUUUUUGUAGUGGGCCACCAGUGCCAGCAGGGGGAGUGCCUGGAAUGACAGGUAGUCUCCCUGCUGCCUGUAGUAAAGUAAAAUAAAGGUUAAAAACAGUGUAAAAUUAAAUAAUAUAUACUUAGAUCAUAUAUAUAUAUGUUUAUAUAUAUGACCUGUGUGUGUGUGUGUGUAUAUAUAUAUAUAUACAUACUAUACGCAUUACCUCUUUCAGCGAUGGAAUGUUAGUCAAUGUCAUAUUAAUCCUUGCUAUCCAUGUGCUCUGUUUAUGCAUGCCCAGCCUGCAACCCCUUGGUCACUCCAGGAAACAGAAUGAUGGCAUAAUCUUGCUACCCCUAGGGUCACCGCAAGUAAAUCCAUAUGCUCUGUAUGUGCAUGCCUAACCUGCUACCCCUUGGUCACUGCAGGAUUUAUGGUGAUGGCAUGAUCUUGCUACCCCUAGGGUCACAGCAAGUUAGAACCCCCGGUCACUAAAGGGGUUUCUCCAGGGGUUACCUUUGCACAGGGCCACGUACUGAAGACUUCCCAAGGGAGAGAGGCUGAACUCCCUUGAGGCAGAAGGUAACAACCCUUAGGUAAGCCAAAAAGAAAAAUUCUCUACUCUUAGAAUGACUAAGUCUGUCCUAGGGAUAGGACAGGAACAAAAAGAAUGAGGGUAGGAGGGGUUACUUAUACCUUCUGUUUUAUGAGGUUCCUGUCUGGUUAGGGAUAGGGAGGAGCUACCCAUUGUUGUCCUGCGUGGAUAUGGCCAGGAAAAAUAUAUAAAUACAUUAAAAAUGACAAAAUUAUAAAAAAAUAAACAAUUUUAAAAAAUAUAUACUGAUAUCAAAAUACACUUAGAACAAAAUAAUAUAUAUAUCUAUAUACAUAAAUAUCCACACAAAUAAUGAUUGAGCUGCACUCACGGUCUUCCCAUUCAAAGUUUUCUUUAAUUCAUCAAGUAAACAAAUCAACGUUUCGGUCCGCUCAGGGAUAUCAAAUUCCCCUUAGAUGACUGGCACCCGGCAAGUAGAAACUGUUUUUGGCUGGAAGUUUCUUGGCUAUGAAUAACAUUAAGCUUGAGUGCAAGGACAUUUUGGUUUUCAUAGUAUAUACAUAAAUAUAUAUGUAUAUAUCACUAUCUUUACCUAAUAUAUAUAAAAAUAUAUUUUUUUUUUAUAUACGUGUGUGUGUGUGUGUGUGUGUAUAUGUAUGUAUGUGUAUGUGUAUAUAUAUAUAUAUAUAAAAUUUAAAAAAAUUGGUUGAGUUCCUUGAACAAAAGGCCAAACUUCCAGUUUCAUUGCCGGGUGCACACUGUGGCUUAAGAUAUCCAAAUGACAGUUAUAGUCAGUAGCACUCAUGGUCUUAUUAAAAUUCUUCCUUUAUUAUUCCAUGUUAAAAAACGACCAACGUUUCAGCCCAAUCUAUAGACUUUCCUCAUGAUCAAUAUAAAACACAUAGAAAUACAAUCAUUUAUAUACACUAAUACUAAUGAAAAAUAAACUCACCCCAGGUGCUGUGAAUGUUUGGCAGCAUUCUGUCGAUUCCUGGACACAUGCGCGUGCGUGGCCCACCCCCUGCUGGGGACGCUAUAGCGUAAGUGCGUAAUGACGUUGUGCAUGUUACCGCAGCAACGUUGCACAACAAUGUGUAGCCAUAGAUACAUACUGAUACUGUCAAAACAGUGUGGAAAAGUGACGAAAAUAUAAAGUGCUGUGUGCUUUGCUCUCAAUCUGUGAAUAAAAAGUGACAAUGUAUCUGGGGAGUGCAGAUGGAUGAAUCAAUGCUAAUGGAUGCCCAUAUAGCCAAUAUUAUACCUACUGUGUAUCAUAUACACCCUGUUCCAAAUUAUUAUGCAAAUUCUAUUUAAGUGUCACAAAGAUGAAAUAUUUUGUUUUUCAAUUUUACUCCUGGAUGGCAUUGUGUCUCAGGGCUCUUUUGAUCACUGAAAACAAUCUCGGACACCUGUGAUAAUUAGAUUGCCAGGUGAGCCCAAUUUAAGGAAAAACUACUAAAGGAGGGUGUUCCACAUUAUUUAGCAGAACACCAUUUUCAUGCAAUAUGGGGAAGAAAAAGGAUCUCUCUGCUGCCGAAAAGAGUGAAAUAGUUCAAUGCCUUGGAUGAGGUAUGAAAACAUUAGAUAUUUCAUGAAAACUUAAGCGUGAUCAUCGCACUAUUAAGAGAUUUGUGGCUGAUUCAGAGCACAGACGGGUAUGUGCAGAUAAAGGCACAUUGAGGAAGUUUUCUGCAAGAUCCUUGCAUCGGAUCAAGAGAGCAGCUGCUAAAAUACCAUUACAGAGAAGCAAACAGAUAUUUGAAGCUGCUGGUGCCUCUGGAGUCCCACGGACAUCAAGGUGUAGAGUGCUCCAGAGUCUUGCAACUGUGCAUAAACCUCCUAUUCGGCCACCACUAACCAAUGCUCACAAGCAGAAACGGCUGCAUUGGGCAGAAAAAUACAUGAAGACUAAUUUUCAAACAGUCCUGUUCACUGAGGAGUCCCGUGCAACCCUGGAUGGUCCAGAUGGAUGGAGUAGUGGAUGGUUGGUGGACGGCCACCCUGUUCCAUGGCUGCCAUGGCUGCUAUGGGGAUAAAAGGAGAGAAAGUCAUGGUGUGGCCUCCAUCUUCCCCUGACCUCAAUCCUAUUGCGAACCUUUGGAGCAUCCUCAAGCAAAAUAUCUGUGAGGGUGGGAGGCAGUUUACAUCCAAACAGAAGCUCUGGGAGGCUAUUCUGACAUCUUGCAAACAAAUUCAAGCAGAAACUGUCCAAAAACUCACAAGUUCAUUGGAUGCAAGACUUGUGAAGCUGCUAUCAAAUAAAGGGUCCUAUGUUAAAAUGUAAUGUGACCUGUUUAAAUGUUUAAAAAGUUAAAAUGUUGUUAUAAGUUUGAUUGAAAUAGCUUUUGAUUUCAGUAAAUAUGCUGCAAACACAACAAAUGACAAUUUUCAAUUCUUUACAACCUAUAAAGUGUUUUGAAACUUACUGUGCGUUAUUAUUUGGAACAGUGCAUUGUAAGUUUUUUAUGUUUAAAAAAAUAAUGUUAUCAUUAGGAGGUUUGUUCAAUAAAAUUUGAAUUGUACUCUUAAUAUUUGAUAACAUGAGAAUUAUGCUGACUGUUAUUUACAUCAAUUAUUUAGGUAAAUUAGAAAAAUAUAAUUUGCAUAAUAAUUUGGAAAAGGGUGUAAUGUAAUACAUAUUUACAUUAAUAAGCACUAUAUUUAUUAUUAAAGUGCUAUUUAAGGGGCGUGGCUUAGCGAGCAACGCGGAUGGUCGCACUAGUCUGAGCUCCACUCCACGUUAGCCCAAAAAAGCAAAGAAAACAGCACACACUGUGAAAAAAACGGAAUCCAUGACCCACCCAAAGCAUAAAAAACAGGUUGAAAAAACCGACAGGUCGGGGUUCUUUGUGGCCCGAGUUUCGACGCCAAAAGUUGCAGGCCUGACAGACCAGGACCAAUAUGGCGACGGUGGGAACGAUACACUGCCGCUGCAGACAUCGCUAGGCUCCCAUAACCUACCGGUAACCCAGGAUUUCUUGCAGAACUGCCUGGAGGACAUGUCCAGCAAAAUCCUGGCGUCCAUCCAAGGCACUUUGAGGGAGAUCAAUAAAAAUGUGCAGGAGCUGGGAGACAGAACUGCGCGGGUAGAACAGCGCAUGGAGCAGCAAGCAUCUGCACAUAAUGAAAUGGCAGACCAAGUGCAAAGCCUGCAGCAGCAACUGGACCAGACACAGAGAAAAAUUAUGGAUUUGGAGGACCGAUCUCGGAGACGAAACUUGAGAAUCCGGGGCAUACCAGAGGAAGUGACACAACAGGACCUUCACGCAUACCUAAUAGAGUACUUUAAGGCUUUAACACCUGACUUACCAGCGGAGGUACUGAUCCUUUACAGGUACCACAGAGUCCAAAAACCAACGUUCCUGCCACAGGACACUCCAAGGGAUGUGCUAACCCACUUCCACUAUUUCCAUGUGAAAGAGGCAAUUCUCCAGGCCACAAGAGUGAGCAGAGACCUGGCCCAAAAAUUCAUUCACAUUAAAAUCUUCACGGAUUUGUCAGUGGCUACGCUACAGAAAAGAAAAGAAUUCAAGGCAACUACAGGAACCCUAUGCAACAACAACAUCCAGUACCGAUGGGGAUACCCGAUCCGCCUACUGAUCAGGAGGAAUGGCAUGAUGACGACGGUAAACACCCCAGAGGAAGGCCGCAAACUACUGCGCAGCUGGGGCAUCCCACCUACCCAAGAGGGGAAGACCUCGGCAGACCAGCACAGACUGUCUCCGGAGUGGAAGAGGACCAAAAAAUGAUCUGAAACGCGGACUUAAUGCAUGAGAUGAGGAGUGACAGAGACUUAAGAUGGAGCGGAAGGCCACUGGGUCGCAAGUAUACCUGACACACAAGCUACACACAUACACAGCUUCACAAUCAAUCCACAUUGCACAUAGUCACACCAAUAAAAUGGCAUAUGGCAAUGCCCAGCACCCCAUACCUGAACACAAAUGAGACAAAAAAAAAAAGGGAUGAAAGGAGCUGAGACCUAUGUAACCCCGACUAGAAACUACAGGAGCCUUCACCUACACUCACCUCUCGCAUUUCAGAUAUAGGCCGCACGCAGGUCAUAAGACAGCGAGGAAUGGGUAUAGCAUGCUCACCCAGUAACACUACACACACACACCACCUUUAUGGUACACCACGCACCCCCCCGGCACCACAUAACUGGUGCCUCACCCUUCAGUGGGUAAUGUUCAAACGUACCAUCGAGAUAUUGUUUGUUGUUUAUGUUGCAAUGUUUGCUUCAAAUGUUAUGCAUAUUGAUUGCAAUACUGUUUCUUCACCUGUAUACCCUUCUACCCUAACCCACACCACCAGACAGGUUUCGAACCACACAGUAAACCUCCAUGUUGAGGACUACAGGAAUCAGGGAGUAGUAGCACAACACCAGAGGAGAUCACAUUACAAGGGAUUCACUGCUAUGGGGCAGGUGGGCAACAAGCAAGGGCCCUGAGUAACAUGCAGGACGCACUAGUCUCCAAGAACAAAAACAAAAAACACCAGUACAGCCCAAUAGAAUAUAAAAAUAUACUGCAGUAAUGUAAAAGGUUUAAACACACUGGUGAAAAGGUACUGCCUCACAAGAGACCUGCGCAGAGAACACCCUGAUGUGGUGUGUCUGCAGGAAACCCACCUCAAAAAGACGAUCACCUUAGCACAGGCGCAAUACACAGCACAGUUCCAUAGUACCUCUGAGUCCAAAACCAAGGGGGUCUCCAUCCUUGUCAGCAAGGAUGUGUCCUUUAAACUGCUAUACGUAUCCAUAGAUAAAGAGGGCAGGUACAUUAUAAUAGUCUGUGAAAUCAAUAACCUAGAACACACGAUAGUCAACCUAUACGCACCUAACACAAACCAGAGGAACUUUCUACAUAAAGUAAUCACACUACUACAACUGGUCCAGAGGGGCGUUACAAUAAUUUGCGGUGAUUUCAACUAUAUACUGGACCCCAAAUGGGAUACCACAGUGCAGCCUAACACCCCCAGAUCAGCUACCCUCCAGAGGGAAUGCAAGCUGCUAACACGACUGCUUAGAUAACAUGACUAUUAUGAUGCAUGGAGGGUGCAGCACCCUGGGGAGAGGGACUACACCUUCUUCUCCCUGGUGCAUAACACUUACUCGCGAAUCGACGGGUAUUAUAUAAAGGGCACAUUCCUCAAUCACAUCACAGGAUGCUCCAUAGGCACCAUAACGUUGUCGGACCACGCCCCAAUAACCCUAGAACACCGUGAUACAUACGGUUACAAACACCACAGCCCGUGGAGACUCAAUGAGUCUCUACUAACAGACCCACAAUUCUGCGACAAAGUAAAAGACGACCUCUCCCACAAACCAAACCCCAGGUAUCACGCCAGAAACAGUAUGGCAAGCCCAUAAACCAGUAAUAAGGGGACUCCUUAUAGGGAAAGCUGGUGCACUAAAACGAGCAACCCAAACAAAAAGAAAGGAAUGGCUGACAACCUUUUACAACCUAAAUAGACAGAACCAACUAUCACCAACCCCACAACUAAAAGAACAAAUUAGACUAGUCUUAGAAGAAGGUAAAAAGUAUGAUCUCGUAAAAUUGGGAUUCACCAUGCGGAAACUUCAGGCAGCACAUUACACUCAGGGAAACAGAGCGAGCAAACUACUAGCAAGGAGACUAUCAGACAGGAAUGCACAAUCAAAAAUCCCAUACAUUCUGAAUUCGUAAGGGGAAAAAAUCGUAACACCCAAGGACAUCAGUGAUGUAUUUGCUAAUUAUUACGCAACCUUAUACAAUCUGGGACAAGAUCCAAACACCCCCCAGCCAUCGCAAACAAAAAUAGAACAAUAUCUAGAGAGAGUCACUCUGCCGUGUCUAAAUGAGGUACAGAGGGAGAGCCUACAGGCCUCUAUCACGGAGGAAGAAGUCCUAUGGGUCAUAGCACACCUCCCAAAUGGGAAAGCACCGGGACCUGAUGGUGUGUCUGUUACACCAUCCCUAAAUACCAAUCUGAUGCUGGAUCGAUGCCCCCUGAUUCAUUCAAAGUGGCUUUUCAGUUUUUUCUAUGUAUGAUAAACCACAUGGACAUGUGAGUUUAUAGACCACAUGGGAUGUUUUACAUGUUAUUGUAUAACGGAUUUGAUACUUCUUAUUCCUGUGGGGAUGAUUAAAGAAACGGGCUGGCACUAUAUGAUUACACACGUGACACAACCAAGACAGCGUACAUAGCCACGUAUUUGUGCACUUGAACCUUUGGUGUAGCUGUCUAUUGGUCUGUACAUACGAGUAGAUCUUUUAAGUUCUUAUUUCUGUUAUAGCAAAUCAGGGGUGGUUCCUUAACCCCUUAAGGACCAAACUUCUGGAAUAAAAGGGAAUCAUGACAUGUCACACAUGUCAUGUGUCCUUAAGGGGUUAAAGACUUUUGGUAGCGUGUCAUCACUUGAAACCAUUCCCCAAUUUUAUUCGGAAAACUGUUGAGUUUCGGGGAGUUGUUUUAUGGUAAAUCAUGGGAAAAAACUGUCUUUCUGAGCUUUUACAGUGUGAAAAUAUAUUUACUCUACUCAGGAUGGAUGAAUUCCUUAUGCAGGUGGAAGCGUAUGCGCUGAUCAUGCAGAAAAUCAUCAGUUUACACAACAGGAGCAGGGGAUUUUAUAAGAAAAGUCAGGUGUGGAAUUGCCCCAUAACAUUACAUCUAAGGAUUUACUACGUCUUCACAAAAAAUAUGUCAACUUGGACCUCCAUGGCUUGUUUUUGUCAGACUACUACAAGGCAAAGAGAAUCCCCAGAGGAUUCAGGAUCCUUAAUGUACCUACCAUAGGACGGCAAAGGCAACUGUAUGCAGAGAUUGGAUUGGGGUCCUGAAUAGGGCAUCGUUGGAUAUGUUGUUAAUCAUUAUUAAGGACGUGAAAACAGAUAUUAUUGAAAUUAAACAAAAAAUAACUGACCUUGAAACGGAGCAUGCCAUCCUGUUACAAAAGCCUAAUAGCCUCAAACUACAACAGAGACUUAAAGAGGACCUAUUGAAAUACAAGAACGAACUCAUUAGAUUCAAAAAACAAAAAUAUGAGAGAGUUCAACAAGAUUUUCUAAACCACAGGGUGUACAGGUGGCUUACAGGUAACAACAGGCUAGAGCCAAGGAGACAGCAUAGAAGAAUUGUUUCAACAAGGCUUUAUUUGUGCAAAAAAAGGGGUGAUAGGUGCUCACUACAAUAUUAAACCCAGGAUAAUAGUGGGCAGCGGUAAGGAUUCCCAGCCUUGUAAGUGAGAUUAUGUCAAAGAAAAACGAGAAGAAAGGAGACCGUGCCCCAAAUGUUGAUUGUAAGGUUAUAUACGUACACAAAUCUCUUUAGAAGUUAUAUACACUGUGGCGGAACCAGCCUCGCCACUGGGCAUUGGAGAAGAUUGAUUGCCAGCCUCCUGCCCUGUGACUAUGGCCCCAUGUUGAAAUGCUGGAUUUUCCCCUGCAAAGACCCGAAAGCCGGGUCAUUCGGUACUUUCCCUAUGUGAGCAGUGUUACCCCAGAUAGCUAUACCAUGGAGCCCAUUUGUAUAAUGAAAGACUAUGUGAAAGACUUUGGCUCCAUGACAACUGAACUGUAUGUGAUCUGAGCGCCAUUCAGUAAUAAUUUGCGCUCAGAUCUAAGCUAUCUGGGGAUAUGUUGAAUGUACACGUUUUAUGCAAUCGCUGCACAGUUAUAUAUUUUUAUGUAUUUUAUUGUAUUUUGCUACCAUGUGGCUAAUGGAGUUUUGCCUCUGUCCUUGGAGAUAAUUGGAUUACUUCCCAAUUAUCUCCAAGAUAGAAGACUCUGUGGAACUGGUUUUGGGCAGAAAAACCAUGCUUCAUUUUGUCAAAUAGGACGUUCCCUUAACUUUUUAACCCUUGAACCGAUUGCCCUGAUUUUUGAGUAUGUGUAUAUUUCAAGCAUGCAGAUUCUGAAAAUGUAUGUUUUAUGUGAAUGUCAUGUAUAUUUUGGAAGUUAUUUUGUAAACACUGUAUUGCUCUACCUGUGAUAAUUAUAUUACUCAUUUUGUUCAGUAAUCAUAUCACAGGCAGAGGGGGGGAUUUUGUGUGGGAGUGUCUGUGUGUAUUGUACGGAUUGAUUGGUUGUAUUUCAAAACCAUGUGGGCAGUACUAUGUUUGUGGAUUGUGAAUAAAAGAGGCUGUAUGAACCAGUACAGUCAGUUCUGCUUGACCUCAAAACGAAGUGUCGUCUCGUUAUUGGGGGAACUGGAUUGUAUGCUGAUUGCCAGGAGUGUAAGCUGAUUGUAUGCUUUUCAGCAUCCAUAUGCUUGAGAGCAUUCAUAUGCUUCUCCGGUUCGGUGGUUGUGGUGUCUGCUGCAGUGCUUGGAGUCCUCAGGAAGCACUAGGAGCAUCCUUCAAUGGAGGUACCCAGUCGGAGUGCCAGGUGAUCCAUUACAUACACAAUCGACCUCAAAGAGAGAAUACAAUAGUGCAGUAUGGUAUAUACAGUGAGUGAAAUGCUGGAAUAAUUAUAUAUAUUUGCACUCACAUUUAGUAGAGCUAACUAGGAGCUCUACCGUGAUACGCCUGGAUGGAACAAUCCCCGUCUAAGGAUAUUUGUAGAAGCAGGUAUCUCCGGUAAUCCAAGAUGUAAUGCGAUAUGCAAUGAGUAUAUAAAAAAAACACAGAGAACAAAGCUCCAAUGGUGAAGUAUGUACCAAUCAAUUAAAAAGGUGAAAAAAUAAACGUAUGGUACUCACAUAUCCUAGAGCAGAUUUCUGGUCUCCUUUCUUCUCAUUUUUCUAAGGCUUUAUUUGUAUUGGCUAUACAUGUCUAGCAAUAUGAAAAUCUAAAUUAGCAAUACAUGAGACUCGCAGGUCCCUCCUUGAAACAUUCAACAGUGCACAAAGCCCCAAAAAAAUCAAAUUAUAUUGUUAAGAGAGUUAUUGGAAAGCUACCAUUAGUUCAUAUGAACAUUCCAGCUAUGUAACCCUUCUAAUGUGGGUAUGGGCCACAGCGGACUCUAGGUUCCCCACUUAUAUUAUAACUGAUAACCCACUGAUGAUAAAAUGCCCCCUUCGUUAAUUUUAUUAAAUAGCCUCACCCAUUGGCUACUGGUAAGGGCUGGUGGUUAAAGAGUGAUCUGUCCACCCUCUCCACUCAAUGCCUACUAUGUCAUCUCCAGAUAUUUGGGGAUGGGGCUUUUUUUAUUAAAUGGGCAGCAAUGGCAAGUAGUACUUAAAACUAAUGUUCGCUUGCAUAACGAUGUUUCUUUUUGGAUUCUAUAUUGGCUUGCUGCAGAGCCAGAGUCUAGUUUUUCACCUUUAAAAACAAAUAGUAUAACUGAUAAUGCUUUACCAGUCUUUGGAAUAGAGAAGCAUCAUGGAAUCUGCAGUUCUAUUUCAUGUGAAGAUUAGAUUUGUGCAUUAAUGCUUUUCAGAUGCUAUCAGUUUUUUAAUCUGCACCCGAAAUGGAUCGAUCCAUUGUGGAUUACCAGUGGAAUCUUAUCCAGUGAUUAAGACCCACAGGUAAAUACUAGACGGAUUGAUUAAUUUACGUACAGAUUAAAAUGCAUUUGAUUCAUUGGUAGCAGCUAAAAAGCAUUAAUACUAGUGGAAAUAUAUAUGUUGCCCGACCCAGGCUUACACCUUUUAUGUCAGCAGCUCGCUUCUCAUUCUUUAUCUCUUCUCUGCCAAAAAAAGAAAGCCAGAAAAUGUAAUAAUUUAGGAUUGCAAUUAUUAGCACUAUUAUUAUUUUUUUCUUGAGUUAAUAGACUAUGAAUAAUUACUAAAUAAAUGGACUAUUAAAUUACUUAAGUUACAGAGGUAAUUUUUUUUUGUUUUCAACUUCUUUAUACAGAUCCUGGUACUCUGUGGCUCUGCAUAUCGUCCUACUGAGGAAAUUGACCUACGCAGUAUUGGCUGGGGUAAUAUCUUCCAACUGCCUUUCAAACAUGCCAGAGACUAUCGUUUACGGUUUCUGGCACCUUACUUCCUAUACAGUGGCUUUGAAGUACUCUUUGCCUGUACAGGUUUCACAUUGGUAAGUAUUAUGUGCCUCUUGGUCACCAUGGUAACCUGAGUGUUUAUUGCCCCAUAUUAAAGUACUACUAGUGAUCUAGUUAAUAGAAAGGAGAGUUACCAUGGUGGCCGUUACUUAUGUUUGUUUACACAUAUGACAUCAUGGGUUAGCUGUCCAUGCCUACCUUUUAUCAAUACACCCCCUUUCCUUUCUCCAGGUCUGUUUAAAUGUUGUUGGAUUGCAUACAUUUGUCUUGAUACCAGAUAGCCACUAGAAACACUUCUUGCAGUUUUACAAAGUUUAAUGAUGCUGGACGUCCUCACGUUUUGCAUGAGUAUGUUCAGCAUGUUGAAAAAAGGCAUAUGGGGAAGGACUAAUGUGUUUCCAGAUUGCGCUCAUGUCUGCAGAGACAAAGCCUGAUCCAGCACGAGGGACAUUAGUGUUUAAAGAGUUUUUUUUACCGCUUUACAUGGCCGAGGUGGCGCAGGAUCAGAGGGACAUUAUAGUGUUUAGAAUACAGCUUUGUAGCUCCUUUAUGCAUGUGACCUCAGAUCCUUUACUUCUCAACAGCUCCUCUGCUCAACCCAGACUGCCUUAUAAAUAUUUUGUUGGCCUCUGUUAAUUAGCUGUCUUAAAAAUUUGUGUGUAUGGACUCAGCAGUCUGUGUGUGUAUGAACUCAGAUGUCUGUGUGUGUGUGUGUGUAUGAACUCAGCAGUCUGUGUGUGUGUGUGUAUGGACUCAGCAGUCUGUGUGUCUGUGUGUGUGUGUAUGGACUCAGCAGUCUGGGUGUGUGUAUGGACUCAGCAGUCUGUGUCUGUGUGUGUGUAUGGACUCAGCAGUCUGUGUUUGUGUAUGGACUCAGCAGUCUGUGUGUGUGUGUGUGUGGACUCAGCAGUCUGUGUGUGUAUGGACUCAGCAGUCUGUGUGUGUGUUUGUGUGUGUGUGUGUGUGUGUAUGGACUCAGCAGUCUGUGUGUGUAUGGACAGGGUCAGGGUCAAACUGUGGCGAGGGCGGGGUUAAAUGUGCCCCCCUACUUUUGUCCCUGGCCCACCAUGUGCCCCCCCUAAAAAUGAAUCCUAGAGACGCCACUGCUAACAGCUAAUGCUUUUUAAAGAGACACUCUAAGCAUGUUUUUGUCUGGCAAUAAAAAGCAUUGCUGUUUCUGAGAAACUAAAAUAUUUACACUGUCUUUCAUUCAACUCUCCCAUUAGUUAGCUUAGUAAAUUUAUAAUUGUUACAUUUAUUCAUCUCCAUAUUCUUUUUUUAAAAUUUGUAUCUUCCUGAUCAUAUUUGAUUUUAUUGCGUUAACAGUGAAACUAGGCCAAUAAAAGAGUUGUGAGAAAUUAUUUACAAUUCAGUUUCAAGCUUCCCUGUCCUUAUCUAAUUCACAUUUUCAAGCUUCUAAAACCAGAUUACCGUAUAUGCUUUGUGUUUGUUUUUCUUUUAUAGUGUUACGGAGUGUGUUCACUUGGAUUGGAGAAGCUUCCAUUUCUUCUGACUGCCUAUGGUCUAUCAGCUUCUGUCUCCUCCAUCCUUGGCCUCUGCAUGCUCCGCCUGCCAAGACAGGUUCCUUUGGUGGCUGGUGCAUUGCUUCAUAUUUUUAUUCUGAUUGGUCUGUUUUUCUGGAGCCCAACACCCCGCCUGCAGUCACAGGGUCCUUUACUGUACACAGUGGCUGUAUUGUGGGGCAUUGGGAGUGCUUUGAACAAGACUGGCCUAAGUAGUGAGUAUGGACUAAUUGGACUGUAAUGUUAUGCAAAGGGAAAAUGAAAAUAAUACAGUGGACAGUGGACUAUAGCAUUGUUUUGAAAUAUUUUGAGUGCAGAUGAUGCAGUAAUACUGUGUUUGGCAUGUGUUACACCUUUCCCAUUUUUUAUUUAUCUAGUUAUAAUCGGAAUGUUCUAUGAAGAUAAAGAACGGCAGGACUUUGUGUUUACCAUUUAUCACUGGCUUCAAGCACUUGCCAUAUUUAUUGUGUACCUGUGGUCUUGGCUUCCAAUGAUGGUGAGCAAUCCAAACAGGAUCUCAACUGCAAAUCUAAUUAAAAUAUUAUAAUUUUUUUUAGAAAUAACAAUUUUUCUCUCCUCUAGGCCAAGCUGGGAAUUAUGUUAGCAUCCGCAAUAAUUUCUGUACUUUCGUACUUAUGGAUGGAGCGCAAACUUCGCUACGGAGUACGUUUUCGUGUUCCAAAAAUACCUGCUCCACGCCACAAAGUGAAAGGUUACCGGUAUCUGGAGGAGGAAAACUCUGACGAGUCUGGUUCAGAUGGAGAAGAAAUUGAAAGUGGGGAGAGUGAAACAGAGGAAAAUAGGGGUGAACAUCGAGAUCAUAGACGCAGAAAGCGGAAUAAUAAGCAAUGCUAUGAGCAAGAAGUGCAGGAGGAAUAAUUAUACCUCCCUAGGCAGGAUACAUAUCAUAAAACUAGCUUAGACGGGUAAUGGCAGGACCAUGUUUGCCAAGUCAGUUAUGCUUUCAAUAUGGCUACUCGGCCCUUAAAUUUGAAUUCUAACUUUGAAUUCUCACUUAUGUAAAUUCACUGCAUUACCUCCUUUUUCACAGUUUUGCCUUAAAUGUGUACAUAGUAAGUAGAUAAUAAGUAUAAUAAGCAGCAAUAACACAGUUAGGAACCUGCAGUGUAGCACAAAACACCACAAAGCACUGACUGCAAUAAAUCACCAACAUGUUCCAAUUUGAGAAACCACAGUUAAUAGUAGUGCGCCUAUAAGACGCUAGUGCCUGAGUAACCACAGUGAUUCAAUGGUCACAACAGCGCCAAAUAUAAAGUACUGAUGCAAGUAUUAAAGUACUUCAAAUGCAUAUAAAUUAUAGACCUCCAUUGAAGGACAUAAUAAUUAGCUGCACAACCUAAUGUUGGAGGUGUGCUUCCAGGUAGAUGUAUACCACAGUUACAUGAUUGUCUACGCAUUUCAUCACUUUUGGUACUUUGCCAAGACAAUGUGAUAAUGACUGAAUGAGACUGCACUACUAAAUAGCCUGCACAGAACACUGCCACAAACAAGGAAGGCACAAAACCAGUAACACACAAUUAAUUAAAUUAGCCUAUAACCCUGCCACUAUAAGCCUAUAACCCAGCCACUAUAAAACUCCCUUCUUUUUUUUUAGAGGGAAAGGGAACAUAAAAGUAUGUAUAUUGUAUUUAAUGGAAUAAAUAAUCCCUAUAUAAACAGUGGGUUUAAAAUGCCCGUAUGAUAUAAAAAUCCUAAUUGCUACCAAGCGGCCAGCCUCAGUCCAUCCUAAAACUAUCAAAAUAAAGGUGAUAUCACCUAAAUCGCAAUGUGUAUAUACAAUAAUCAAAAAUAUUAUGUUUGAAAAAAAGCAAACAUUCUUUCCUUUUUGAAGUGAUGGGAAAGAAUCCCAAAAAUACCAAAAUCAUGUGUGUAUUAACUAUUAAAAAUACAAUGAAUUACAUAAAUAUAUACAUUACAAAAUCCCUAGAUUUAUAUCCUCAAUAAGGCAUUUGGGGUUGAUGGUCUCUAAAUUAAAAAUCCACUUUGAUUCUGCCGUAAGCAAUCUACUUAUUUUAUCUGCUUUACCCGACUUUAAUCUGUUCCGUGUCCAUCACCAUUUAAUCUCCUAAAGUGCAGUGCCAUGAAUGUCUUUGAAUUCUUAAUAACAAUGCAGUGCUUCCUAAAUCUCUCUUAAAUAUCUAGAGCAGGGGUACCCAAAGGGUAGAUUCCCAGAUGUUUUAAAACUACAGCUUCCACGAUGCUUUGUCAUUCUAAGUGCAUGCAAAGAAUCAUGGGAGUUGUAGUUUUACAACAUCUAGGGAAUCUUAAGUUUUGGGCACCCUGAUCUAGAGUUUUGGCCCACAGAUUGUAGGCUACAACUACACUGGAAAAGACAGACCAAAAACUACUGUGAAUCAACUUGUCAGGGUAUAUUUUAAACCAAGUAAAAUGAAGCAGUAUCUCCUAACUCCUGGUUUAAAUUUUGGGAGAUGACACAUUUUUACUCCUACACUUAAUAUUACCUGAGAUUGUAUUUAUAUCUAAGAUCUCCUCUAUGUUAUCCUCCACACAAAUGCAAACUGAUUCCGGGCACAUGACCAAACUGGAGCAAUCUUAUCUACAAUAAACACUUUUUUGUUUUUUAACGCCUUCUUCACUUCUCUGUCUAUGACCGAGGGAUCCUCAUGAUUUCUUGAUUCUUCUCAACCUUUUUGUCUAUUCUAUACUUUUAUACUGUAUACUCUCAGUCUUCUAUUUUCUCCACAUUCAAUGAAUAAUUACUGCAGAACAUUUCUUCUAAAUUCCAUCUUCAGUAUGCAUGGUAUGAUGAUUGUUUAAAAAUACAACUUAUACUGGCACAAUCAUGGAUGCAUUUCUAUUAUUUCACAAGUUUUCUCCCCUCAACCUUUUGUCUCAAUGUACAAUUCCCCUCUAGAUUGCAAGCUCACAGGCAGGGUUCUCUUCUCCUUUUGUUCCAGUGUGUCUAAAUAUUUAUCCCCUGUUUGUAUAAAUACCAAUGUUAUUUUUGCAAAUAUUGAAAGUGUUUUGGAUAGGAUUGCUAAAUAAUAACUGUUAAAAUAAAUCUAUUAUUUUUUUUUCAAGUUCAUGGCUCUGGUGUAGGUUAUCAUUAAUGCCACUGGUAAAAUAACCUUUAACUAUGGAUCCUGUCUCAAUAAACAACAUUUCUUUAAAAUGGCAGCAGUAUCCUCAUAUCUACAAUUGAAUCUGAUCACAAAGGUCAGUCCAUCUUUACUACUAAUUCAGUGGUACCUCACAUCUUUCAUAUUCUGUUUCAUCACAUCACAGAAGGUAUUAUUAAAACAUAAUAGUCAUCAGAAGCUGUACUCACCGAAUCAAGCUACAUUUUGUUUAAUUUCUUAUCACUCUUUAUGAAUAACCUCCAGGAGCUGUCCUUUUCUGAAACAUCAAAGCCACAGGAAACUCAUUCAAUGCAAAGGGUCUUUAUUAUGCAAAUUGGUUCCCAAAUGUGAGGAGUAACACACAGCAAGCUUUAAGUCUUCCUAAUGUUUGUUCCCCAUAGCAAACGUCACAUUUAUUAUAAUAGGGAGGUAUGUUCCCUUUGACAAGAAAAAGAAAAAAACAAAAAAGAAAAAACCAAAAGGUACAAAAUAAUGUGAAUCACCAAAAGUGAUAAUAAAUAAGUGAAUACAAACUGGAUUAUGUUGAUAUAUUUUAGAUUCAGAAUUAUAUCUGUAAAAAAUACACAAACAAUAUAUAGUGUAAUAUUGUUAAAGCCACUUGGAAAUUAUAGGUGGUAGAGAACUCACAAAAAUAGGAUGAGAUCAGGCAUAGUCCCUCUGUAUUAAGGGACUGGAAAGUAUGAAGGACCCCCAGCGAUGAAUCCAAUUAUAUGAUAGCAGCAAAUCUUCUAAUUCACUCCAAAUAGAAAGAGGAAAAUAGAUAGUGCAGAUUGUAUAAAAAGUAACAAUUUAUUACAUGUAUUGCACUUACAAUGUAUCAGAAUAAAAGCAGCUUGUCUCCACACUGGGUGGUAUUCAUUUGUAGCAGCUGAACCAAUCAAGAUACAGGAUCUGGAGCAGUGAUAGUAGCAACCAAACAAUAUUAAAAUAAAGUUCAACACAAAAACAAAAUAAAAACAAUUCCAAAGCGUUACGUCCUCCUCUGGACUUCCUCAGGGAUGUGUAGCUGUAAUGGGAUUGAGAAUCUUCUUAUAUAUCCGUCUUUUAAUCGCUCAAGAGUUCGCCGGUGUUGGCGUGCGUUCCACCGUGGAACGCAUGUUACUUCCGUAUGACGUCACUUCCGGUUUCGCAGAUAGAGUGAAAACACAGUAUAUAUCGUUUAUGGCAGCUCGAAUAACAUUUGCAACAUGAGAUUACAGAUGGAACAGAUGAUAUUUUUGAUAUUUAUCCACAAAGAGCACAUCUUACAUAAACUUAUAAAUAUAAACAUAUAAAUUACCAGACAUUGGGCAUAUCCAUAUUGAUAUACAUAUGUAUGCGUCACUCAAAUGUAUAUAAUAUACCUUUUAUAAG